ACGAGAAUUAUGACAGGUCGUAUUCAUAAUAUUUUUCCUAAUUUUUCUACGUAUAAUAUCAUUGCAAAUGGAAAACUUGAAAGCCAUCUUGAUAACAGAUUAAGAGAUUUAAUUAAAGAAGUUGAAUCUUAUGAUAAUGAUCUGAACGAAACUACACUUACUUUGCAAGAAUCG